AUGAAACUUGACACAGUUUUUAAAAUUUUAUUAUUAGUAGUUAUCAUUUUUACUAUCCAACAAUUAUGGCCAUUAAAAGAAAUAAAGGAUGUGUUUAAAAAUGAAUCAUUCGUAUUGUUAAUUAAAAGAAUAUUAAAAAAAUUACAAAAUUUUGAUUUUAUUUUUAUAAAAAAUGAAUUGUUAACAUUCUAUAAUGAAAAGUAUAUUGUACCAAAACCUUCUUAUUUUAUUUUUUUCGGAAUAAGCGGAUGCUUGACUUUUAUUGUAAAAUUUAUUUUAAAUAAAUUGUCACAACCUAUUGGAGAAAAACUAAUACCCCAAAAAAAAUGGAGUCAAAGAAUAAGAAAAAUAAAAAUACAGAGAUUUAACAUUAUGUUUUUUAACUUAUUUUAUUUUUCUUUAAUUAGUGCAUUUGGUUUUGUUGCUUUAAGAAAUCAAACAUAUUUUCCGUCAGAAUUAGGAGGAAAAGGGAAAUUAAGUGAUUAUUUUGUAGAUUAUCCUAAUCAAAAAACAUCAAAUUUAAUUCAUUUAUACUAUUUUUUAAAUGGUGGUUACUUAUUGACUUCUGUUUAUUCUAUAUUGAUUUCAGAAAAAUUACCAGAUUUUUAUGAAAACCUUUUACAACAUUUAUGUGCUAUCAUACUAGUAUAUUUUUCAUAUAGCCAAAAUUUUAUAAGGGUUGGAGCAAUUAUUAUGUUAUGUCAUGAUAUAUGUGAAAUUUUUUCUUCAGCUUGCCGUGUUUUUGUUGAUACAAGAUAUAAAUUUAUUACUGUCACUUCUUUUUGUAUUUUAUUCACAAGUUGGGGUUUUUUAAGAUUAUAUAUUUUUGCCAAAAGAUGUAUUUUGGCUAUUCAUAGAAAUUUUCAUAUUUUUAGUUCAUUACUAAAUGUAGAAACACGCAUUUGGUUAAUUUUUCUUUUACUAGUAAUUUUGUUAAUGAACGCUUAUUGGUUCGUCUUAAUGGCUAAAAUGUUUAUUCAUUUUAUUACUAGUGGACAAACAGAAGAUAUCUUAACAAGAGUUACAGAAAUAGAAGAAAAAGAAAAAAAGAUAAAAUAA